GCUAGUGUGUGAUUGCAACGAUUCACCGGGAGGUUAUUUGAAUUGGAAUUCUAUCCCCCUUGUCCCUCGCUACUCCGGGGGGCACGAGUGCUCGCUGGCUCUCUUGCUCCAGGAGAAUUGGCAUUGGAGGAACGAGGGUGGGGAGCACUAGUGUGGGCAUAAAUAUUCGAUCAGAGGGAUUCUUUGAGCGUCAAUCGCUCGGUGAAGGAGAAUGAGAUGAGGAAAAACUGAUGGAAAGUGCGAGGGAUGAAUUUCAGAUGAGGUCAUCAGGAUCUUUGUCACAUAUUCAGCCGAGUUUUUCGAUUUAAUCCCGGGUGAUUUUGUAAAUCGACGGGUUUUCGUGCUGUUUGGGGAGACCUGGGGAGAUUGCACUGAUAAUGAGGACAAAUUGGGAAAUUAGAAGGGGGAAAACUGGGUUAGAUAAUUAUCAAAUAUGAAACGAAGAAGAACGUGAAAAAAGGCAACCUGGCGAAUAAGCGAGAACAGAGGAUGGAGGACUCCUCGCCGAGGAUGAAACCUUAUUUGGAUUGUUGGGAUAAUGAAGACAAGUAUUCAGUGGCAAACAGUCAAGCACCGCUGCAGGAUGGCGAGGAUGAGCACCCGGAGCGUGGCACGUGGACGGGAAAAUUUGAUUUUUUAUUAUCCCUCCUGGGGUACAGUGUGGGCCUCGGAAAUGUCUGGCGAUUCCCGUACCUCUGCUACUCGAAUGGCGGCGGUGCCUUUCUCAUACCAUUCACCAUCAUGCUCAUCAUCGCUGGACUUCCUCUCAUGUUCAUGGAGCUGUCACUGGGGCAAUACGCGAGCUUGGGUCCAGUUGCAGCGUACAAGAGGUUCUCACCCCUCCUCAGGGGCCUGGGGUAUGGCAUGGUGCUCGUUAGCUCCGUAGUUAUGCUGUACUACAACCUCAUCAUCGCUUGGACACUUUACUACAUGUUUGCGUCUGUUGUUGGAGGCAGCAACCUACCCUGGUCCAACUGCGAGCCCGAGUGGAGCGGCGAGGACUGCAUCGAGCCGAUAAAAGCCGAGGAGUGCGCCAGCCUCAAUAAUUCUUAUUACAAACGACAAUGUUUAAAUUCAACCCAACAAGCCGCUAUGAAUCUCUCGGCGGAUAUAAUCGCGUCCGCAGUGAGGCGUCCCCCCGCCGAAGAAUAUUUCGAACAUCACGUACUGGGUAUGAGCGAGGGAAUCGAGGUUACUGGAUCCGUUCGUCCAGCGUUGGCAGCCUGUCUGCUCCUCGCUUGGGUCAUCGUAUUCCUGUGCCUCAGCAAGGGGGUGCAGAGCUCGGGGAAAGUCGUUUACUUCACUGCGCUCUUUCCUUACGUCGUUCUGAUCGCCCUCUUCAUCCGCGGAAUCCUGCUCCCCGGGGCCGACGAGGGUAUUCUCUUCUACCUCACCCCCGACUGGAAGCGCCUAGCAUCCGCGAAAGUCUGGGGCGACGCAGCAGUCCAGAUCUUCUUCGCCUUGAGUCCGGCCUGGGGGGGCCUGAUAACUCUCAGUUCGUACAAUAAAUUCGACAACAACUGCUACAAAGACUCACUGAUCGUAGCAGUGAGUAAUAUUGGCACAUCGUUCUUCGCGGGUCUAGUUAUAUUCUCCGUAAUUGGAUUUCUCGCCCAUGAACUUGGUGUGCCCGUUGCUUCGGUUGUCGAUCAGGGAGCUGGAUUGGCAUUUAUUGUUUAUCCCGAGGUUGUGGCGAGAUUACCAGUAGCACCAAUCUGGUCUCUCCUAUUCUUCGUGAUGCUACUGACCCUCGGUCUGGAUUCACAGUUUGCUCUUAUGGAAACUGUAACAACGGCUAUUCUCGACGGUAUUCCAGCACUCAGAAACUUCAAAACUUGGGUUGUCCUUGGGGUAUCAAUAUUCGGAUAUGCUGGGGGAAUUAUUUUCACCACUAAUGCUGGAAUGUACUGGCUCCAACUGAUGGACAAAUACGCUGCGAACUGGUCAGUCCUGCUGAUCGCGAUCUGCGAGUGCAUAUUAGUCGCCUGGGUCUACGGUGCAGACCGCUUCCUCGACGACGUUCAGCACAUGAUAGGUCCCCGUGGAAGGUGCUUCAGGUUCUUCUGGACGUGGAUGUGGAAGGUCAUAACACCCGCUGCACUCUUCUUCAUUCUCUUCUUCAAUUGGGUCGAGUACGAGCCGCUAUCCUACGGCGCUUACGUCUACCCUAGAUGGGCGGACGCCGUUGGAUGGCUCGUGGGACUGUUUCCGGUGUUUGUCAUCGUUUUGUUCGCACUCUUUCAGUUGAGGAGCCCGAAGAGACGAUCGAAUUAUGAUGAUGACGACGAUGAUGAGGAGGAAUCUGAUCCGAGGACCUCGAGGAGCUCGGAACGUGUCAGGCAGAAGAAGAAGGGGGGCUCGGUGUGGGCAAGAGCUAGGAUGCUGUUGCAGCCGACUGCCGAGUGGAGGCCUGCGUCCAGAAAUCCCUUGACACCAUCGAGAACUUUGACUCAUACACCACCACCAGGGCAACCUGGUGGCUAUGACUCAGUGAUGGACACAAUAGUGCUCGUGAACGGCCAACCGAUGAUGCUGCAGCCGGCGAUAGCCUCAGGGACUACGCAGAAGCUUCCUGGUCCAUCGAUCCUCAAGAAUUCCAGUAAAGCUGAUCUCAUAACGUCCCAACAGGUCUGACAUGAUGUGCACUUUUACUCCGAGAAUAAUUGAUAAUAUUCAACUCUUCAAAAUGACCUAUUAUUUCAAUGAAAAUUCUUUCCUCGAAGACAUGAAUCUGAGGAAUUUCCGUUGAAAAUAUAACUGGAAUUUUCGUUUAAUUCUUCGCUCCUUCUGAGUUGCUCCAGCAAUUCGUGAAUUCUUCAUUCUUUCCUCCUUAUUUUCCAUUAUUCUUCCGUUUGGCUUGAAUAUUACGUAAUCGUUGGGACGCGUGCAUGUGGGCAAUUAGACGCGUGUCGCGAUUGCGCGGCAUUUUCACAGAAACGUGACGACUGGAUUCGUGCGAUCGCUGGAAAAGUUGCAGUGAAAAAUGUUAAAGAGUGAUUAUAAUAAAAAAAGCGUUCACAUUCCAUGCGAAUAGAAUUGAAUAUAGCAAAUGAAGACACGUACGAAAAUAUUUCAUAGAAAAACCUAGCGAAUUGAAUAGAAAAUUCCAUUGGAUUUCUAUUGAAUUUUCCGUUAGUUUUUGGCCGAUUCUGUUGUAGAAUUCUGUGAAUUCCAUACUCUUUUUUAAACGGAAAUGUUCAAUGCAUAAUAUUGUAAAUUCUACUAAUUUUUUCUAUAAAAUAGUUUCUAUGGGACAUGUGGAGGUAUUUUUAAAAAUAAAAAACAAUUUCAUUUCAACUAAAACAUGUUAUUUAAAUAAUAUAAAUUAAGUAAAUUGACUUCAAUUAUUAUCUAAGUUGCAUAUUACAAAUAUUAUCUAUUUAAAGCCGAAAACUAACAGAAAGUUCAACAGAAAUCUAAUAGAACUUUCAAGCGAAUGCGCUAGUUUUUUUAAUCGAAUAUUUUCGUUCGUAAAAUAAAACAACAACCUUUGCCACAUUCCCACAUUGUCCAGGUGUCUUGCUCACUAGAAGGUAAAUUAGUUAAUAUAGCUUACCGAAUAAGAUAGAUUUUAGCUAAGUGUCUUCAACUGGAAAUGAUAAUCGAUUUAGUGACAGGGAAUUAUUCAGGAAUAAAGAUGUCCAACGAGAGAUGCAAUAAUUGAGAUUAAGAAAUUAUUUGGAGGGUAUUCAGGGAAUUUUGGCAGGCCAGAAUUGUGUUUAGAAACGUGAAUUGAUAUAUAAUCAUUAUUUGAAUAAUAUAUCACAAAUAUAAGUGUACGUAAAGUCAAUAAUUGUGAGGAAAAGAUGUUUAAAGAGAGUAAUAUAUUUAAAUAUGGAAGUAUUUAUUUUUUAUGUGAAGCAGUGCAGAGAGAUGAGGGAGACAUAUUGUACUAAAGUUAUUGGGCUCAUUUAUAACGUGUUGCUAGUAAUUAUGACGUAAUUAUACGAAAUGUAUAUUGUAUAGUGGGAGUUGAGUUGAGUGCGGGUGGGGAUGGGCCUGAGAGGUAUCCCAUUGAGGGGCGAUCACACUGAAAUAAGCGGCUGAUUUCAAAAUCACAGGGGCUUCUAUUUAUCAUGCUGAUGAGUUUGGUUCAGUUCUAAUGUGGAAAACGAGAAAAAAUGAAAUUUUGAUUUUUUUCAUCGGUGGAAUCAAUCGAUUGACUUGAAUUUCGGUUUAUUCAUACAGCAUAUAUGCAUAAAUGUAACUAAAUGAGGAUUUUUGAAAAUAUCUAUUUUCUGGGCUUUUGGAUUUUUUUUUCUGUAGGCGAAAACUCGGAAAAAUUGUUUAAAAAAAAUUUCAGAAAAAAUUCCAACAUCUCAACAAAUAUGUUAGGUUCGGUAAUUAAUUUUCGAGGGUUCUUAGAUUGGAUUUCUCUAAAGGGUAUUCCAUUUUUCCAACAUAAAAUCUGUCUGCUGCCAGGAAAUAUGAUAAAAAGUUGGAGACAGCGCCAGACUAAACGUGUUGGAGACACGUUGAUUAAAAUGAAAUUCGUUUUCUAUUUAAGAACAAUAGCUCUUUUCACUAAAAUAUCCUUUAAAAAUAAUUACCACACCCAAAAUCUGCAAAAUAACUCAUCAAGUUAUGCGCGUGAAUAAAAAUUUUGAGUCAAUUCGUUGAGAAUUGCGUUUUGAGGACCGUUUUGAAGAUUUUAUUCCUCUACAGCCGCUUUCUCAUCAAUAACAAAUCAAAACCUCAUUUUUUCCUAUUAAAACAGAACUGCUAAACUCAUCAGCACGACUGAUGAAGACACCAGCGAUUUUUUUUUAUUUCAGUGCGGUCUCCCCUUCACUCGUCUCGGUCCACAUUCUCGCUGAUGUACCUCUAAUUGUGUAAGGAUACGCCCUUGCACAAUUAGAGGUACAUCAUACAUUUUAAAAAGACCCUUUAUACACUCAUUGUGUACUUCCACAUGGUCUUCGAUAACGCAUGAGAUAACUUCGCUGAAACAAAUCAGUGGUGAAGGGAUAAAACGUAACAUUUUUCGUGUCUCGUGAAAUGCAAAAUUAUCUCCACAACGAGUGAAACCAUUUGUUCUGGAGAUUGAAAAAAUAUGAACUGCCUGCACGCGGAAUACAACCUGCAAGUAUCUCCAUUUAGGGUUUUCAAUAAAAUUUAGAACACUUGAAUUUAUACUAGUUCUACCGGAAGACAAAACCAUUGCUUUUGACAAAAAUAAUCGAGUCAGAUUCCUUUUUAUUCAAUAAUAAUUACACAUUUGUUUUUUUUUCUCAGAGUAUGAAUGCAUCGAUAAAAGAUAAUUGCAAUAUUAUUGCCUGCCUUAAAUAUUCCACCACUGGGCAGUUCUCCUGCUGCGAUUUGUCCCAUUGGCAACUGCAAAAUAAUGAGAAUUAAAAUGAUAAAAUAAUACAAAUAAACCCAAAAUCCCAGAAAUGUUCAAGCAUAUACUCAUAUCUGUAAGCAAGUGUUGAGCGAUGAAUUCCAAGUGCAUGAGAAUUUACCAAAUAUAUAUAUAUCAGAGAUAAUAAAAGAUAAUUACCUAAUAAUGUUAUUGUUUACAUUGAAUGAGAGUGCAUGUUUUUACGUGUUCUAGAGUAUAAGAAAGUAUAAUACUGUACACGAGUUUAUUCGGUGAUUAUAUCAGGACUCGUAGGAUCUGUUGAUUUUAAUUGUUUCAAAAUUGAUGAUUAUUUACGUUGAGAUGGUGAAAAUAUAUUACUGGGAGAUAAUCCUGUGCGUUAGACAUAAUUAACUGUUGCUAUAUGGCUUGAGAUCUUCCAGUGAAAACGAGAAGAGCGUAGAUAAUACGAAAACAAUGUCAAUGAGCUUUGUCGAAUGAGCAAAAAGGAAAAAUCCUAAAUUAUGUGAAUAGAGUUAUGUGAUUAAUAUAGAUAAGUAGGAGAUUAAUGUCGUCUAGGGUGAACCAGAGAUGCGAUACCGUGAGAAUUAGGGAUUGAUUUGUCGACACUGAAACAAUCGUCAACACGAAUUUCCAAAGAAUUUAUAUUAUUUUUGGUAUUGUAGAUUAAUAUGGAAUAUUUUUUGACUGAUAGAUUGCCAAUGAUAGAUCAAUGACUCGAGAUAUAUGGAGGACAAUGAUCAUGUGUGAAAAAAAUUAAUGGAUUUUGAUUUAUUUCCUUCAAAAAUUGAAUAGAAAAAAAAACAAUCGAAU